AUGACUUUUUUCGAGGAGCAGCCUAUUCGAGAUGCGCGUGUUUAUCUGUAUCGCUGGAUAUUCCACAAUUGGCCCGACUCGUACUGUAUCAGGAUGCUGCGGGCGCUCGCACCGGCUCUCAAGGAGGGCGCGACAGUGCUCAUCAUGGACUCUAUCCUGCCGCCCUCUGGGCUGCCGAACCUCAUGGACCGGAAGUUGAGAGCUAUGGAUGUUACCAUGCUAGAAAUUGGCAAUUCCAAGGAACGCGACUCGGACGAGUGGAAGCAACUGUUUCGCCAAGCUGAUGAGCGAUAUGUCUAG